AUGGCUUUGCUCUGCAAUGACGGUGCCCUCUCCUGGUUCAAGAUGGUGGUGGACAUCAGGGAGGGCAGUGGGGAUGGUCCGGAGACUGGGAGCAAUGUCUACUUUUUCUGCUGUGAAAAGGAACAAGACAACCUGGCAAUGGCAAUGAAGGGGACGCUGCUGCUCUGUGCCUGGCUGGUGCUUCUGUGCGGUCUUUGCAGAGCAAGUUUCCGUGGGAAAGAAUUUAUUACGGUCUUCAUGCAAAACUAUGUCCAAAGUGUCGGAGCAGAUUGCAAGCUGUUCAUCACUGGUUACCAUGCCUCCACUACGGUUACUGUGACGGUGAACAAGGGUACGUUCCAGAGAGUGACGCCUGUUGGAGAAGGACAGACGGUGACCAUGCAGAUCCCAGCCUCGGUAGAGAUGUUUGGGAGCCAAACAUUUGAUAGCACCAUCCUGAUUCAGGCUGACAAAGACAUCUCUGUCCUGUCUGUUAACUCAAAGCCCAAUUCCAUCGAUACCACUGUAGUGUACCCCACUGAGAAGUUGGGUACUGUAUAUUACAUUGUAACUCCCCCUGACAAACAUACAGACCAGUACAAAGAGUUUGCUGUCGUAGCAGGGCAGGCUCCCACUACAGUUGAUAUUUACUUGAAAGGGGCUGUAAUGUUCAAACAGGAGAACUAUGCUUCUGGGAGCAAACUCACUGUUACUCUCGCUCCCUACCAAGCCUUGCAACUGCAAAGCUCUGCGGAUUUAUCUGGCACCAAAAUCGAGUCUCGGGAACAUGUGGCCGUCUUGACUGGGCACAGCUGUGCUGCCCAAAACACCGCUUGUGAUCAUGCUUUCGAGCAGCUCCUGCCUGUCUCCAGCUGGGGCAGCACAUACAUCGUCCCUCCUCUGUCUUUCCAGGACAAGUUUGAUAUUGCGUACAUCGUCGCCUCCCAAAACACUCGCAUUGACUAUCAGUCAGGGCCCACACAAGCAUCCCGCAACAUAUUGGCUGGGCAGGUUGUUCAAUUUGAAGUCCAAGUCUCUCACCCACUUUACAUCUCCGCUAGUGCUGGCAUCCAGGUUCUUCUCUUCUUCACUGGUGCUAAAAAUGGGAUAUCCACAUAUGACCCGUUCCUCAUCAACAUCCCACCCAUCACGAACUACUGCCACUCCUACCACAUUGAUGGUGUGAAGGAUUUUGAGAGCCAUGUGCUGAUCGUAGUCAAGAGCUCAGAGUCCAGCAGGAUCACCUCUGAUCAGAGAGCCAUAGGAAAUGUCCAGUGGAGGCAGAUCCCCGGCACGGAGUAUUCUUGGGGAGAGUACAGCUUCGGCAUAGGGAUUAGUGCCCAUUCCAUAGAGCACCCGAGCUCUCCCUUUGGUCUGCUGAGCUUUGGAGGGAAUGAUUACGGUGGAUAUGGCUCAUCUGGCCUUUGUGCACACAUCCUGCCCUGCCCUGAGAACAGCCACUACGAGGCCUGUGGAAACGCCUGCCCAGCCAGCUGCUCUGACCGAACUGCCCCCUCCUCCUGCCGGGAGCCCUGCGUGGAGACCUGCCAGUGUGACAACGGUUAUGUCCUGAGUGCCGGCCAGUGUGUCCCCGUGGGGAGCUGUGGUUGUGACUACAAUGGCCGCUACUACAAACCCAACGAAGAGUUCUGGGACGAUGAGAACUGCCGCUCUCGGUGCAGAUGUGACCCCAGCCUGGGCAUGGUGGUUUGCCAGGAGACCACCUGUAAGGCCAAUGAGAGAUGCGUCGUGAUCAACGGAGUCCGUGACUGCCAUACAAUCAGCUACUCCACGUGCACGGCCUCCGGGGACCCUCACUACACCACCUUUGAUGGGAAAAAGUACGAUUUCAUGGGCACCUGCAUCUACCAGCUGGCUGGGGUCUGCUCCGAGGACCCCACGCUCACCCCGUUCAAUAUCAAGGUGGAGAACAACAACCACGGCAGAAAAGCCAUGUCCUACACCAAAGCGGUGACCUUGGAGGUGUACGGCAGAAACAUCACUAUGAGCCAGCAAUAUCCCCGCAAGAUCAAGGUGGAUGGAGUCUUCAUGGACCUGCCGUUCUACCAUGAGGAGAAGCUACAGGCCUAUGUCAGUGGAUCCCACAUCGCCAUCAAGACCGCCUUCGCCCUGACGGUGACCUUCGACGGGAGUGGCCUGGUCCGGGUCACCGUGCCCAACACCUAUGCCAACGUCCUCUGCGGCCUCUGUGGCAACAACAACCAAACUGCCAGUGACGACCUGACCAUGAGGGACGGGAGCCGGGCGGCGAACGCCGUCCAGUUCGCAGAGAGCUGGAAGGUGGGGGAGGUCCCUGGAUGCUUGCCCAGUUGCACCAAGGACUGCCCAGUCUGCAGAGAGGCUCAGAGACAACCCUACAAGGGAGAUGGGUACUGCGGGGUCAUCACCAGAGGGGACGGGCCGUUCAGAGAGUGCCAUGAGGUCAUCGACCCAGCUCCCUUCUUCGACGAUUGCGUCUUUGAUACCUGCCAGUAUAAGGGUCACCGUGAUGCUCUCUGCAGCGCGAUCAGCGCCUAUGUGACAGCCUGCCAGGCCAGGGGCAUCCAGAUAGGGCAGUGGAGAUCGGUCUCAUUCUGCAGUGCCACCUGCCCUCGUAACUCCCACUACGAGCUCUGUGGGAACAGCUGCCCUGCCACCUGCCAUGGCCUCUCGGCACCGGACAGCUGUGAUGCUCCCUGUGCUGAAGGGUGUUUCUGUGACGCCGGGUUCCUCCUGAGCGGAGACCGGUGCGUCCCCGUCGCGCAGUGCGGCUGUGUGCACCAGGGCAGGUACUACAGGAAGGGAGAGGAGUUCUACGCCAGCGCCUCCUGCCAGGAACGGUGCCGAUGCAAAGACAGCGGGGUCGUCGAGUGCCAGGAGGCCUCCUGCGGAGCCAACGAGCAGUGCAGGGUGGAGAAUGGAAUCCUAGGCUGCCACACCAUGGGCUGCGGCAAAUGUGUGGUGUCUGGUGAUCGUCACUAUCUGACCUUUGACGGACGGGCCUUUGAUUUCCAGGGCACUUGCACUUACAGCUUAGCCAGAGUCUGCAGCAGUGAUGCUGGGCUGGCAAACUUCUCCGUGGUGGUAGAAAAUGAGAGCUACGGUAAUGGGCAAGUGUCAGUGGCACGGCUGGUGGUGGUCUCCGUUCAUGGUUACACCGUCACCAUGGAGAGGGGAAGGAAGUGGAAAGUCACGGUGGACGGGGAGCUCUACACUCUCCCGCUGGCUAUGGACGAUGGGAAACUUUGGAUCAACCAGGAGGGGAACAACAUCAUUGUCCAGUCUGCCUUUGGCCUCAAAGUCCUUUACGACACCUCCUAUUAUGUCCUAGUCUCCAUCCCCAGCUCCUACAAGGGACACGUGUGCGGCUUGUGCAGCAACUUCAACGGUGACAAGAAUGACGACUUCCUGCUGCCCAGUGGGAAGAGCACCCAGAACGCGGAUGAGUUCGGGGCCUCCUGGAAGGUGCCUGUUGAUGGUGCCACGUGCACCGAUGGCUGUGGGAAAAGGUGCCCGGUCUGUGAUGAAGCUCAGACAAAGCCGUACCAGGCUGACAGCUCCUGUGGGUUGAUCAAAGCGACGUCAGGUCCCUUUAAACACUGUCACUCACUGGUCAGCCCUACUGAGUAUUUCAACCAUUGUCUCUAUGACAUGUGUGCUGCCAAUGGAGCAAGAGAAAUCCUCUGCCAGAGUGUCCAGGCCUAUGUGGCCCGGUGCCAAGCAGCUGGAGGCACAGUCAGUGCCUGGAGAACAGCCUCCUUCUGCCCUUUCACCUGCCCAGCCAACAGCCACUACGAGCUGUGCACUAGAUCCUGUGAU